AUGAUCGAUGAAAACCCGUUAAAUUACUAUAAAUACAUCAUGGCAACAUGUCGAUCGUCGUCGUCGUCCUCAUCGUUUAAAGCCGUCAAAAUUCACUCACACACGAACCUCAAACUUGGUAAUAGCAGCUUGCAGCAUUCAACAAAUCAUUCAUCGAAAUUGCACGACGAUCACUCACUACAUUUCAAUAGUAGUAAGAAGAAAAAGAAGAGUAGUAGUGGAACCGGUUCCGGUUCGAUUCAUACCGGUAAUUUAAAUACAAGUGUACAAGACAAAUCGAGUGGAAAUAUGUUUCCAGGACGUAAUAGUGGACAACAGGGUUCUUCACAGGUCGAUUUCAGCAUAAGUGAAUACUGUGAACGAUUGAAGAAAGAAUUUAGUGUUAUGCAACAACAGUGUCAAAGUUUAAAAUUCGAAUGUGAAAAACUCGCUCAAGAGAAAAUCGAAGUUCAUCGACAAUAUGUUAUGUAUUAUGAAAUGUCUUAUGGACUGAAUGUUGAAAUGCAUCGACAAUCAGAAUUGGCGAAACGGUACUUAGCAAUAUGUCAUCAAAUCAUUCCAUGCCUAUCUCAAGAACAACAAAAUCAAGUAGCUGCAACACUUGAACGAGCGAAACAAGUGACAGUUGGUGAAUUGAAUGCUAUUAUUGGGCAACAGAUGCACGCUCAAGGCGCAGGCUUUCCUCACGGACACUCCCAAGCACCUCACUUAGCGGCGUUAUCAGCGGCACAUGCAGGAUCACCAUUUGGUUUACCUGGUGCUGGAGGCCUGCCGCCUGGUCUCUUAGCUUUACAAGGAGUUGCUGCAGCAGCUCAACAAGCUUUUCUCAAAGAUGAAAAAGAUAACCUUGAACGUGCAGAAAAAGCUGCAGCUGCAGCAGCAGCCUCAUCGCAUAAACGAAGUGCAAAUUCUCCACAUCAGAUCAAUGACAAAUAUCGAGGUCAUAGUCGUUCACCAUUGGAUACACAUGAAUCGAAAAAGAUGAAACGGGACGAGGAAAGUGACGGAGACAGAAGUGAUGGAGAUUUAGUCGUGGAUGAUACGAACGAGAAUGAUAAGCAAAUGACGAAUGGUUCUCGUUCACCACAUGAAAAUGGUAAUUCAUCCAAGCUCAGCUCGGCUUUACGUCAUAAACAAUCAAAUAACGAUGAUAGUAGUCGAAGUCCCCAUAGUGAUAAUGGUUCAACACGGAGCACGCCUUCACAAAAGGGUAGUGAAAAAAGUGGAUCAGCACCUGUUACAACAGGAGCAAACGCAUCGUCGAACAAAGGAAGCUCGCGUAGCAGCAGCAGUAAUAGUGGCGUCCGUCAUUCUCCGAAACUGCCUCUGUGUGUGUGUAUUCAACAGCUGCUAUCUUCGGGUCACAUGGUGCCUUCAUGCCGGAAAACUUGA